AUGGAAUCAGAGAGCGUCAAGUUUGGAGGACCAAGAGAAUUGGGCGGUGCAUUUGAUCUCAUAACUCGAUACAAGUUGUUGCCGCACCAUGAGUUCUUCUGCAAGAGAUCGCUCCCGGAGUCGCUCUCAGAUGCUCACUACCUUCAUAAUGUGGUGGGAGACACAGACAUAAGAAAAGGAGAAGGAAUGCAACUGGAUCAGCUUCUUCCAAACGCAUCAUCAUCACAUAGUAGUAGCCGAGAGGCUAAUAAUGCUCGCAUCCAGCCUUUUGUGCUUGACGAGCUUAAGGAGGCCUUCGAGCUUAACGAUACAGCUCCUGUUGAAUUGCCUCCUGGAGAGAAGGGAGCUCUUACCAUUGCUUCAAAAUCAAAAGAUAAGGACAAGAAGCAUAGAAAGCACAAGGAUAGGAGCAAGGAGAAAGAUAGGGAACAUAAGAAGCAUAAGCACAAGCAUAAAGAUAGGAGCAAAGAUAAGGAUAGAGACAAGAAGAAGGAGAAAAGUGGACACCACGAUAAGAAAAGGAAACACAAUGGAGAUGAAGAUGUUGAUGAUGGUCAGAGGCACAAAAAGAGUAAGCAUAGGAGCUCAAAGAUUGAUGAGAUGGGUGGGGUAAAGGUUAGAGGCUGA